AUGACACAUAAUAACAAGAUUCAUCCGAUUGGGUUGGACGAGACGAUACGAGAGAUGGAGGGCGCAGAGAGAGUGGAGAAGAAGGAGAGACGGAAUCUGAAGGAAUUUAUGAAAAAAUACUUUCUGGAAGGUAAGUUCUUGCCGUUUUUAGAAGGAUGUUGGUUUUAGGUGAUAUUUUUGUUUUGGACAGGGGUGAUUUGAUUAGUUUUGGAGUUUUAGGUAUAGUUUUUUCAUGAUGAAGCAUUUUAGGUAAUAUUUUAGAGGUUUUUCAAAUUUUAGGUAAAAUUUUCGAAUUUUUAAAAACUUUAGUACUAUUUUUCAAUGUGGAAGAGUAAAAUUUGCAUUUUCUUUGUAUUUUAGGCAGGACGUUUUAAAUUUAAAAUUUUUAAGCAACCUUUUUCAAUUUUUUAAAUUUUAAAUAACAUUUUUCAAUUUUUAUAAGUUUCGGCACUGUUUUUUGGUGUGUACAAGCAAAAUUAGUAUUUUAGUCAUGGUUUUUCAUUUUGAAGCCUUUUAGGUAACAUUUUUUAGUAGUUUUCGAAUUUACAAUUUUAAGGUAUCACUGAUAAUAUUAUUGUAGGUCAACGCCUGGAUAACAAAUUACAAGAGAAAAUAGACGCCCAAGGAAGGGAGAAUCUGUCAUUUCAUGAAAAGUACCGUAAAUACCUAGCAUUUUUGUUACCCUUCAUAUUCUUCCAAACGUGCUGGUGGUCGUUGGCAAUAAGAAACAACUUGUUCGCUUUAUAUCCCACAAGAUACGAAAUGGCUAUUACUAUGGUAUUGGGGGCUUUAGUAUCUGGUAGGUUUGGAAUGGCAUUUUUGGUUAAAAAUGGCAGGAACUUUGUUUACAAGGCGAUAAAUGGCAAAGAACACAAAAAUAUUUUUCAUCGUAUAACUUGUAACACGCAGCUGCAGCUAUCACUUUUUUCGACAUUUUGAUUAAAAAUAGCAAGAACUUUCUUUACAAUGCAAAAAAUGGCAAGAACUUUCUUUACAAAACCUAAAAUGGCAAGAAGUUUCUUUAAAACGCAAAAAAUGGCAAGAACUUUCUUUACAAAACAAAAAAUGGAAAGAACUUUCUUUACAAACUAAAAAAUGACAAGAACUUUACUUCCAAACCAAACUUGAAAAAACUUUCUUUCCAGGAGCAACAUCAGAAGGUGGUGGAGCAGUAGCCUUUCCAGUGAUGACAUUACUACUUCAUAUUCCAUCAGAAGUGGCACGAGACUUCUCUCUAAUGAUUCAAAGCUGUGGCAUGGCAGCUUCUUCAUUUUCCGUAGUUUAUAUGAAGGUCAAAGUGGAAUGGCAUUCGAUUAUCUUCAGUUCAUUGGGAGCCUUCUUCUCCAUUAUAUUGGGAUUGCAGUUUUUGGAUGACAUUAUUGAUGGUAAGCACAGAAAUUUUUGAAAAAUAUAUUUUAGUACUAUAUAGCACUAUAGAAGGAACUUUUUCUUUUUUUGGCUUAUUGCAUGCACAAUUUUUAAAAAUAUUACCUAAAAUUUUCAAAAAACCUCAAAAUUUCAGGAAGUCAAAAGAAGAUGGUCUUUGUGUCGAUUUGGUUUGCAUUUGCCAUAUCUUUGCUCAUCCUCAACACCCAAAAGAAGCGUGUAACCUACGAUGAGAUUCCAGAAUUCGGCCCAAAGAAAGCCCUGAUACUAUUCUGUACUGGACUUUUCGGAGGCCUUUUAAGUGCCUGGACUGGCUCUGGAGUCGACAUCUGCUCAUUCUCAAUCCUAACCCUACUAUUUCGAGUAUCAGAGAAAGUGGCAACCCCAACUUCAGUCGUCCUGAUGUGUUUGAACACCUGGGUCGGCUUCUAUUGGCGUCAGCUGAUUCAGAAGGACGUCCCUCAACUGGCAUGGGAAUAUUUCUCCGUAGCCAUGCCUGUAGCUAUUACUUGCUCACCAAUUGGAGCUCUGUUGUCUUCACAUCUUCAUCGACAGGUCCUGGCUUGCUUUGUUUAUAUUCUGGAGACGACCGCCUUAAUUGGCUUCUUGAUCACGAAGCCAGCGUUGCAUCUGAUAGUUAUUGGAGCUGGAAUCAUCGUUGUGGCGUGAGUUUUUUGGUUGUAUUAUACUUGUAAUUUCUUUUUUUUGCUUGGUAGGGGCAAAAAAAAAACAAAAAAAUUUGGGCGUGGUAAAAAUUUCUUGGGAGGGGUAAAAUUUUCCGGGCGUGGCAAAGCGAUUCCUGGGACAGAAAUCUCUUUAGGAGCGGGGAAAAGAGUAAAAUAGUAAAUAUUUCAAUUUCAGUGUCCUGUUCUUCUUGUUCAUCAGCUACAUGGGACGACGAAUGAGUGAACAGCACGAACUGAAAAUCCAACCUCAAGAUGUCUCUCGACCUGGCUCUUCCACUACCUCUACUGUAUACACGAUUGAAGCUGCUGCUUAA